GGAAGCUAGCCCGCAUCUGCGCUUGGCUCCUCAGCUCGAGGCACCAUGUGGCUGCUCCUGCUCCUCGGUGCCCUGCUGUGGGGCGGCCUGUGGCUCCUCCGAGACCGCCUGGUCCUGCCCCCCGCUGACGCCUUCGUCUUCAUCACCGGCUGCGACUCGGGCUUCGGCCGGCACCUGGCGCUACGGCUGGACAGACGAGGCUUCCGAGUUCUGGCCGCUUGCCUGACACCCUUGGGGGCAGAGAACUUGAAGCGAGCCGCUUCUCCUCGGCUCUGCACCACUCUGCUGGAUGUCACCGACCCCCAAAACAUCCAGCGAGUGGCCGAGUGGGUGGGGACUCUCGUGGGGAAAAAAGGGCUCUUUGGGCUGGUGAAUAACGCGGGGGUGGCUGGGAUCAUCGGACCUACGCCCUGGCUGACCCUGGAGGAUUACCGCAAGGUGCUGGAAGUGAACACGCUGGGGCCCAUCGGCGUCACCCUGGCCCUGCUCCCCUGCCUGAAACAGGCCCAGGGGCGGAUCGUCAACAUCACCAGCGUCCUGGGCCGGCUGGCUGCCAACGGGGGUGGCUACUGUGUCUCCAAAUUUGGUCUGGAGGCCUUUUCUGACAGCCUACGGCGGGACAUUGCUCCCUUUGGGGUACGGGUCUCUAUCGUGGAACCAGGCUUCUUCCGCACAUCUGUGACCAGUUUGGAGAGUGUGGAGGGAGCCCUUCAAGCCUCCUGGGAGCGCUUACCUCCUGCCACCCAAGCCAGCUACGGGGACAGCUUUCUCCCCAAGUACCUGAAGGUGCAGCGGCUCAUCAUGAAUCUGAUCUGUGACGGCGACCUGGGCAAGGUGAGCAGCUGCCUGGAGCACGCGCUAACAGCCCGCUACCCCCGGACGAGAUACAGCCCUGGAUGGGAUGCCAAGUUGCUCUGGCUGCCCGCCUCCUACCUGCCCGCCAGCCUGGUCGAUGCUGUACUCAAUUGUGUUCUUCCUAAACCUGCCCAGAUGGUCUGCUGAACCCAUUCAGCUGGAGGAAACUGAGGCAGAGGAUGGGAAGCGAGCACUCUACUAGACUAAUCACUGCCCCCUUUCCCAGGAUCCCUUCCCCUAACAAUUUCCUUUCUACAAAAGGCUACCAUAAAACAAGUGGCCACCAGAGGGAGCUCCAGAUACACCCUUCCCAGGGCUGAAAGCGUUCUUGUGGGCUCAGUAGGGUGCACUUCAUGAGGCCACCACCAGGUGUCACCUUUGUCAGGUCUCCUCAGCCUUUCUCCAGCACCACCAUCUCCCCAAGCCAUUCUUCCCUGGUACCUGUGAAGCAGGACAGCCAUCAAGGCUGGCUUGGGAGGGGGCAGUAAAAGGAAGGUAAGGAUGCUUUGUUCAGGGAGCUCCAAAGGGCAUACCCAGAACUUUUGCACGUCACUUCCUCAGUGUUUCAGCCCAGGGCACAGCCUAAUCAUGAUGCCACAGGCUUAUAGGAAGAUGGGCAUCCUUGGUGACAGGCCCUAGACCCCUAUAGGUUCUUAACUCCCCUUUCCAUUCCUGGCUGUUUACAACUCACCUCACUGCCCCCCAAUUAGAGUCCUGGCUUCUCCAAACCAACUUUCCCUUAACUACCAAGAUGGCAGGCUGUGGGACUGAGUGUGAGGAAAUGAAGCAGAUAGUACUGUGAGCAGAGGGGAAACACCAGAUGUGGACACAUGAGGAAAAGGCCAUGGAGAUGAAGGAGAAGAUAAAAGAGAAGGGUGGCAUCAUGGUCUAGGGUAGUGAUGGCAAACCUUUGAGACUAAGUGCCCAAACUGCACCCUCACAUGCAUGUGAGCCACCU